UUUCUGUCUCGCGAACUUCCACGCCCGGGCCCGGUAGUGACGGAGGACGGACAACUUGAAAACUUUAUCAAGAAGAUUGUGGAUAAAAGGAAGGUGGGACGGGGAAAGAGAUACCUAGUUUGUUGGGUCAGCUUCGGAGAGGAGGACGAUGAAUGGUUGCCGCGAAAAGAGGUGGAAGACUGA